UAAUAGUGAUUGACUUUGAACUUGAUACCAGGAAAGCAGACGAUUUCUGUCAUUUUGUGACGACAUUUUUCAAAUUUCUUUGCAGGUGGAAGAAGAAAGGUGCCAUUCUGGCAUGAAGAGACUCGCUUGGUCGCCAGUCACUUAAGCUGAGUGCAUUGUGAUUUCCAAUAAUUGAGGCAGUGGUUCUAAAAGCUGUCUACAUUAAUGAAAAGAGCAAUGUGGCCAGCUUGACUAAGCCGCCAGCGUGCAGCGCGGCAGGACGCGCCCGGGUCUCAUCGGACUGUGCAUGUUAGCUGUGUAGAUUUAUGUGAGGGCUAUAAAACUCUGGUCUUUUAAACUAGUCGUAAGUGCUUUUAAUAUGGAGACAGAUGAGAGCCCCUCUCCGCUCCCGCGUGGGCCCGCAGCAGAAGCGGUGAUGGAGAGCCGAGCUCGCGCCUUCCACGCGCUGCCCCGUGAGCAGUCUCCACCACCUCCCCUGCAAACGUCCAGUGGUGCAGAGGUAAUGGACGUUGGCUCUGGUGGUGAUGGACAGUCCGAACCCCCUGCCGAGGACCCCUUCAACUUCUACGGAGCUUCUCUUCUCUCCAAAGGAUCCUUCUCUAAGGGCCGCCUCCUCAUAGACCCGAACUGUAGUGGCCACAGCCCGCGCACCGCCCGGCACGCACCUGCGGUCCGGAAGUUCUCCCCUGACCUUAAAUUGCUUAAGGAUGUAAAGAUUAGUGUGAGCUUUUCUGAGAGCUGCAGGAGUAAGGACAGGAAGGUGCUGUACACGGGAGUGGAGCGCGACGCGCGGGCGGAGUGCAGUCUGCUCCUUAGCCCUGUCAGUGGGGACGUGCAUGCUUGUCCCUUUGGCGGGAGUGUUGGUAAUGGGGUAGGCAUAGGGAGUGAGGGCGCUGAUAAGAAGGAUGAGGAGAAUGAGCUGGAUCAGGAAAAGAGAGUGGAGUACGCAGUGCUCGAUGAGUUAGAAGAUUUUACUGACAAUUUGGAGCUAGAUGAAGAAGGCGCAGGCGGGUUCACGGCUAAAGCGAUCGUUCAGAGAGACAGAGUGGAUGAAGAGGCCCUGAAUUUCUCCUAUGAGGAUGAUUUUGACAAUGAUGUGGAUGCACUGCUGGAAGAAGGCCUCUGUGCUCCCAAAAAGAGGCGAACAGAGGAGAAAUAUGGAGGAGAUAGUGACCAUCCAUCUGAAGGAGAGACGAGUGUGCAGCCCAUGAUGACCAAGAUUAAGACAGUGCUCAAAAGUCGUGGCCGCCCCCCUACAGAACCGCUACCUGAUGGGUGGAUCAUGACAUUCCAUAAUUCCGGAGUCCCCGUGUACCUCCACAGAGAGUCUCGGGUGGUCACCUGGUCCAGGCCGUACUUCUUGGGAACGGGAAGCAUACGGAAACACGACCCUCCUCUGAGUAGCAUCCCUUGUCUGCAUUAUAAGAAAAUGAAGGAUAAUGAGGAACGGGAGCAAAGCAGCGAGCUCACCCCCAGUGGGGAAGUGUCCCCUGUGAAGCCCUUGAGCCGAUCUGCAGAGUUGGAGUUCCCCUUAGAUGAGCCUGACUCCAUGGGUGCUGACUCGGGCCCCCCGGAUGAGAAGGACCCCCUAGGGGCUGAGGCAGCCCCGGGGGCCCUGGGACAGGUGAAGGCCAAAGUUGAGGUGUGCAAAGAUGAAUCAGUCGACCUUGAGGAAUUUCGGAAUUACCUGGAGAAGCGUUUUGACUUUGAGCAAGUUACAGUGAAAAAGUUCAGGACAUGGGCCGAGCGGCGGCAGUUCAACCGGGAGAUGAAACGGAAACAGGCUGAGUCUGAGAGGCCCAUCCUGCCAGCCAAUCAGAAGCUCAUCACUUUAUCUGUGCAGGAUGCACCCACCAAGAAAGAGUUUGUCAUUAACCCCAACGGGAAGUCUGAGGUCUGCAUCCUGCACGAGUACAUGCAGCGCGUCCUCAAGGUCCGCCCCGUUUAUAAUUUCUUUGAAUGUGCCCGGGCUACACUGGAAAUCCUCAUCCCUGACUUCGUUAAACAGACCUCUGAGGAGAAGCCCAAAGACAGUGAGGAACUUGAGUAUUUUAACCACAUCAGCAUCGAGGACUCGCGAGUUUAUGAGCUGACCAGCAAGGCCGGGCUGCUGUCUCCAUAUCAGAUCCUCCACGAGUGCCUUAAGAGAAACCAUGGAAUGGGUGACACGUCCAUCAAGUUUGAGGUGGUUCCUGGUAAAAACCAGAAGAGUGAAUACGUCAUGGCGUGCGGCAAGCACACAGUGCGCGGGUGGUGUAAGAAUAAGAGAGUCGGAAAACAGUUAGCCUCACAGAAAAUCCUCCAGCUGCUGCACCCACAUGUCAAGAACUGGGGGUCCUUACUGCGCAUGUAUGGACGUGAGAGCAGCAAAAUGGUCAAACAGGAGACCUCAGACAAGAGCGUGAUUGAGCUGCAGCAGUAUGCCAAGAAAAAUAAGCCCAACCUGCACAUCCUGAGCAAGCUGCAGGAGGAGAUGCGAAGGCUGGCUGAGGAGAGGGAGGAGACUCGGAAGAAGCCCAAGAUGUCCAUUGUGGCGUCGGCCCAGCCUGGUGGCGAGCCCCUGUGCACCGUCGACGUGUGAGGGAGGCGGUACAGGUCGGGGCAUGGGGGCCACCAGUGGCACUGCUGAGGAGACUGCCAGGCACAUGUCGCCUGCUGUAGCACCGGGCCUCCGACCUAAGCUUCUCCCAUAGCCAGCAUAUCUGAGGCCCGGCCUGAAGGUGGAGGCUCUGGGCACAGCACACCAUGGAGCAGAGCCUCUCCUCGGAAACGGCUCCCUGGUCCAAGGGGAUGAACUCUGUGCAACUGCACUGCUGAGAGCCAGUAGCUCACAGAUGGCAUCGCCCCACUUGUGUGUCCUUGCUGCAGACUGUUUCUAUGAAGGUUUUCAUGAAUUUUAGUACACAGUACGCACUGACACACGUGAUACUUGGAUGGCAGAUGAAACGAGAAAGGACUUGAGUCCCAUGGCUGUGGUUGGCCCAUAAUGCCAGGUGGCCCCUGUGCCCAGGACUCUCAUGGAGCCACUGCAGGGACCUGGUCAUAAGGUGCGCGCAGCACCCUGUCCCCCACCUGCCUUCUGUGUUCUCCCUUUUUCUCUAAAAAGUUAUAACAGGUAGAAAGGAGUAUUUGAGACCUUUUGGUUUAGAGUAAGCAGAACUUUAGCAUCAGAACUACUUUUCAGAGAUUGCAGGCAUGCCAUCAAGGCAGCACUCUGACCAUGACAUGAUGCCAUCCAGGAUGCUGUCCUGCCAGCCUCCUGGUGCUGCCCUGCCUGCUACGGGCUGCAGUCCUUCUGAUCAAGUCUGUGUCCUGAGCACUGCCCUGGACACUGAGGCCCCACCUUCGCUGGCCUCCAGCCACAGUGGUUUUUUUAUCAAGAUUUUGCACAGUCAAGUCCAUCUGUCCACAUCAAUUUUUAAAGCUUUUAUGAUAUUUUAGCAUUGAAAAGAAACUUUUACUGUGAGAGUAGAAGGUAGAUUUGGAAUCAUGCAUUUUAGCAAGUGGGCUUGUUUAAACAGGGAACUGGGGCCUUCAGUGCAGUCUAUUUUUGAUUCAGAGCCAGCAAGCAUGUGGUGUGACUGCCCCCCAGGGAUGACUUGCCAGAUGUCACUGGCAUCCGCCCUGUGUGGCUAGGCUGGUGUCCAGCUUGUUGCUUGACCAGCAACUGUGCUCGCUGGCAGCCCCUGGAUGGGAGUGGGGCAGUGGAAGUGUGUUCCUGCCAGGGUCCAGGUAUGAGCAUGUGCUCAGGCCUCUGGGGUGGUAGCCAGCUGUUGGCCUCAUCCCUAGCACCCAUGCAGGGUUCUGUGUGCUUGUGGCAUACCACCUGAUGCAGGAGUCCAGCAUUCUGUGGCAUUUGUCCUGUCCCUUACCAUGUCUCCCAUGGGUGGUAUUGACAGCAUUUUUUUUGUCAGGGAAACAAUGUCAGCUUGUGGGCCACACACAACACAUCCCUCCCUCACCAACUGUGUGACCAAGGUCAGCACAGUUGACCUUUAAAAAGGAAACCCCCAAUCACGUUGCUGUAAUUAGAUACUUGCUUUGGUCUUGCCUCCUGUCUACAGCUGUGAAUAAUCAUUGGCCUGUGAGUGCCCUUAGCCAGAUGCGCCUGUGAACCAAAGCCUCGUGCACACAUGUUCCCUGGAGGCUAGGGAGUCUUACUGCAUCCCAGAUGCUGUCACAGCAGGUGCUGUCAUGCCCUCGUGGUGUCUGUGUCCCCUUCUGCUAAACGUGGGUCCAAGUCAUGUGUGCACAGCCAUGCUGCAAGGCUGAGGCAUUUGGCAGCCAGAAGGCAAGUCUUAAUUGUCUGAAUGCAUAAAGCAAACUGUCUGAAAGGGAA